CUCCGGUGUUCAGGAGCAGACGGAGGAGCUCUCGCUGCAGACCGAGACACGGAGAGGAGGAGGAGGAGAGGAGGUGUGCUUUAGGAAGCGCAGCAGCACAUGCAGUCUGUGGAAACUAACCCUCUGACCGAUGGAAAUAAUGACCGCCGGCAUGCGUCAGGCUCCUGAAGGCAGGGAUCGGGCCCCGGGGCCGCUGCGGGGGACAGGGACACACGCCACACCACUGAAAGCCCCGGCGGCGGAGCGCAGCAGAACACCAGGCUCUUGGUGGGCGCUCCGGGUCUCUGUGUCUGAUGAGGAUGUCUGAGAGAGCUCUGGACGAGGACGAACACCAGCUCAACACGUCUCUGAACUGCAGCGGCGACACACAGCUGCAAACACCUGGACCGAGCGCUGAAAGACUCCAGGUACAGCGGCACGAGCUCCGUCUCCUCCCAGAGUUCAGUGCAGUGUGUCAUGAUGUGCUUCAGUUCUGCAUGCUGCUCAUUUAUCAUCGAGGAUCUGGCUGUGCUUCCUCGAUUACCCCAGGAUCAGCAGGAUUCAGGAGGACGAGGUGUGUAACAGCAUCCAGCAGAGACGGCAGAUCUUCGUGUCUGAUGACUUGCAGGUGUGUUGAAGCUGUUCCUCUAAAGCUGUCUGGUGUUCCUGGUGCAGGCUGAAGGACAGUCGGUCGGGGAACAGCCUCCAAAGCAGCUCAGAGAACGAGGCCCAGUCUUCAGAGCCGCGGCCGUGGAGCAGCUCCAGCCUCAACCUGAAGCAUCCCGGUCCUGACCGGCGGAGACCGCUCCAGCAGCAGCAGGAGCGCGGGACGCCUCUCAAACACAGGUCAGCAGUGCUGUCGUCUACAGUCCCAGCCUGACCUCACAGGCCUCCAGGUGUCACUCAUCUGUAGCUCCGCCUCCUGCCGCUCAGCCCACCAAUCACCUCACAGAACAGAUGCCGGUGUGUUACUCUUCGUCCAGCCAGUUCCCGGUGUCUGGACAGCCGUACCUGCGCAUGGGUCCAGUGCCAUACAGCGCUCAGAGUCAGAUUCCUCCCGCACCCCUGCAGCAACCAGGUUACCAAACUGUGAUGCCAAAUCAGCAGCAGAACUACCAGAACAUGAUGCAGCCGCCGCAGAAUCAGAUGCAAGGCAUGAUGCUCCAGCAUCCGUCAGUGCCAUCUUAUCAGCUCCUCCGUGGGGUUCCUGCCUCCUCCAGGAGCGGAGCAGAUGCUGUUCCACCGCACCACGGCUCCCUGCGGCUCGCAACAGAUUCCCGCGCAGCAGUGCUCAGUGACGAGCCGUGUCUGGAGCUCCGUCGUGUGGAUCCGUCCGGCUCUCAUUCUCCAAAAACAAUGACAGGACGAGAAGAAUCCAGCUCCACAGAACACAGCUGAGCUGACUGGAACAUAUCCGGAUACAGCCGGGACUGUGCUGCUCUUUAUAUUUUAUCUUUAUUCAUUGGUUCCACUUCAGAUGGACUCUUUCCAUUAUUCAUCCGUCGCUCCGUGUGUCGCGGUGUCUUCAGUCGGACGAACAACCUGCUUUUUGUACAUAACUGAUAAAGCAGCGGUGUAAUUCAGUCGAUUCUGUUUCCUCUGUGCAUAUUAGUGUUCAUUUCUCUGUUUUUAUUGAAGACAUACGCACCUCAGCAGAUCCACUGUCAUGUUUGAAUAAGUUGAAUGGUUGUGUUUUCUGUGGAUCUGUCAAAUGAUUCAUCACAUCCACAAUAAAAAUAAUUUGUUUACAUAA